AUGGAUUUACAGGAAUUUAUUUUUGGUCUUCAAAAAACUCAUGAAUUUCAAAGAUAUGAUGGGUGGUUUAAUAAUCUAGCAAAUCCAGAAUGGGGUAGUGUAGGGUCUCGAUUGCACAGAGAUUCACCAGCAAAUUAUGAGGAUGGUGUUUAUAAAAUUAAUAUUUCUCUACCAUCUGCUAGAAAAGUUUCUGAUAUUGUAUUUAAAGGUCCCUCAGGAAUAAAAAAUAAAAGAAAUAUAACAACAAUGUUAGCAUUUUUUUCACAAGUUGUUGCUUAUGAAAUAAUGCAAUCAUCACAAACUGGUUGCCCACUAGAAAAUAUUCCUAUUCCAGUAGAAGAGUGUGACUCUAUUUUUGAUCCUACAUGUGAAGGCAAAACAAAUAUACCAUUUAUGAGAACAAAAUAUGACACAGAGACAGGGCAUGGUUUAAAUUCUCCAAGAGAACAAAUUAAUGAAAGAACAAGUUGGAUUGAUGCAUCAUUCUUAUAUUCUACCAAUGAACCAUGGGUUGCUGCUUUAAGAUCAUGGCAUGAAGGUACAUUAACAGAAGGUGAAGUUGAAGGUUACCCACCACUUAAUAAAAAAAUUAUUCCUCUUAUAAAUCCUGCACCACCACAAAUUCAUAGAUUAAUGGAUCCUGAAAGAUUAUUUACAUUAGGUGAUCCAAGAAUUAAUGAAAAUCCAGGAUUAUUAACAUUUGGUUUGAUUCUAUUUCGUUGGCAUAACUUUCAAGCAUUAAAAAUUGCCCAAAAACAUCCUGAUUGGACGGAUGAGGAAAUUUUUCAAGGAGCCCGUAGAAUGGUCAUAGCAUCAUUACAAAAUAUUAUAUUAUAUGAAUAUUUACCUGAAGUUUUAGGUAUAACAAAAGAUGAAAUACCAAAAUAUGAUAAAUAUAAUGCACAUAUACCUCCAGGAAUAUCUCAUUCAUUUGCCACAGCUGCCUUUCGUUUUCAUCAUACUAUUGUUCCACCAGGAAUGUUAUUUAGAAAAAAAAGAACUUCAAAAGAAGAAUGUGUUUUUAGGGAUGAUAUAGGUGGUUAUGGUGCAUUAAGAUUAUGUCAAAAUUGGUGGAAUGCACAGGAUAUUGUUCAAGAGUAUACGGUAGAUGAAAUAAUUCUUGGAAUGGCUUCUCAAAUCUCUGAGGCAGAGGAUACAAUUAUAGUUGAAGAUUUGAGAGAUUUUAUCUUUGGUCCUAUGUAUUUUACAAGAUUAGAUGUUGUAUCAAGUUCAAUAAUGAGAGGAAGAGAUAAUGGUAUACCAUUUUAUAAUGAUUUACGAAAAAAUUUUGCACUUGAAACAAAAACAUGGGAAACAAUUAAUCCAAGUCUUUAUAAAAAAGAUAAAAAAAUGUUUGAUAAAUUAAAAGAAUUAUAUAAAGAUAUUAAUUAUUUAGAUGCAUAUGUUGGUGGUAUGUUAGAAACUGAUGAAAAUGGAGUUGGUGAAUUAUUUAAACACAUAAUUCGUGAUCAAUUUUUACGCCUCCGUGAUGGUGAUCGUUUUUGGUUUGAAAAUAGACAAAAUGGUAUUUUUACAGAGGAAGAAAUUGAAGAAAUAAAAUCUAUUACAUUAAGUAAAAUACUUCGAUCAACUACUAAUGUAGAGGAAGAUGAAAUUCAAGAUAAUGUUUUUAUAUUUAAUGAAACAAGUCCAUGUCCACAACCAUUUCAAGUUAAUACUACAGGACUGGAACAAUGUAUUCCUAUGAUGCGUUAUGAUCAUUUUAAUGGUAAUGAAGUGACAUAUAUAUUUACAUUAAUAGGAAUUGCUUGUGUUCCACUAAUAUGUAUUGGAAUUGCAAGAUAUUUAAUUAUAAGGCGAAGAAAAUUAGGUGUUGCAUUAAUUGAUAUGCCAAAAAUUAUUGCAAAAGAUAGUUAUAAUAAUAGUGUUAUUGAUUCACAGUCUGAAGCUGACUCAACAUCAGACUCUGCCUCUACAAAAUAUUAUCAAAUACCUCAUACUGUAGAAGAUAAAUUUAAAAUGCCAGCAAUUGAAUGGUUAAGUGAUAGUUUUUGUAGAAGUGUUAAUUUUGAAUUAGAUACAACAACAGGUCAAAUAUGUAUUAAAAGACCUAGAAGUAAAGGUAUCUUAAGAAAAUUAAAUAUGGGAAAAGCUGAUAAAGUUUUAUUUACCUUAACUGAUCCAACAACUAAAAGUACCUAUGGUCCAUUUAUUAUUAUAACAAUACCAAAAAAUUAUGAUAUGGUUAUAAGAUUACAUAAUGAUACACAUUGUGCUCAAUUUAUGAAAGUUGCUGGAGAUUGUUUAAAAAAAUUAAAUAUUCCAUUAACAAUUAAACAUUUAGAUAAUGAUGUUCUCCUUCAAACAGCAGAAACAAAAGAAAAAAGGCAAAAAAAAUUAGAUUUAUUUUUUAGAGAAGCUUAUGCUAAAUCAUUUCAAACACCACAAUUAUCAGAUGACAAUGUUGAGUAUAAUGAAGAUUUAUCAAGAGAUAUACUUGGAAUUUCAAUUUCAAAAUCAGAAUUAGCUGAUGCAUUAGGUAUGAGAGAAGAUAAUCAUUUUGUUGAUAGAUUAUUUGCAUGUAUGGUAAAAAAUGGUGAAGAUUCUGUAUCUUUCGAAUCAUUUUUAGAAUUAUUAAAAAAAUUUUCUAAUGGAAGUACAAAAGAUAAAAUGAAUUUAUUAUUUAAUAUGUGUGAUUAUAAUGGUGAUGGGCAAGUUGAAAGAUCUGAAUUUAUACAAUUUUUUAAAAGUUUAUCUGAUACUGCUGGAGUAAAAUUAGAUAAACAUGUACAAGAAGAUAUGUUAGAUGGUGUCUUAUUAGUUCAUGGUGUUGAUACUAAAAGUAAAUAUUUAACAGAAGAAGAUUUAGAAAAAAUAUUUACUGAAGUUGAUGGUGUUAAUCGUCCUGUUGGUGUUCAUUUACGUGGAGCAAAAUUGAAGGUUAAUCUUGAUGAUUCUAGUUCAUUAAGUAGUUUUGCUGUACCUGCUGAUGAAGAAAAAUCUAAAAUUACACGUUCAAGACUUUCUAUAUUACUUUCAUUUCUUGAGACAUAUCGUCAACAUAUUGCCUGGACAUUUAUCUUCUUUUCUAUUAAUGCACUCCUUUUUCUUGAAAGAUUUUGGCAUUAUCGUUUUGAAGUUGAACACCGUGAUUUACGUAGAGUUUUAGGAACUGGUAUAGCUAUAACAAGAGGUGCUGCAGCAGCUAUUUCAUUUAGUAUGUCAUUAAUAUUAUUAACUGUAUGUAGAAAUUUGAUUACUGUUAUACGUGUAACUCCAAUUGGUGAAUAUAUACCUCUUGAUUCAGCUAUAGUUUUUCAUAAGAUUAUUGGUUACACAAUUGCAUUUUUUUCUGCCGUCCAUACAAUAGGUCAUUUAGUUAAUUUCUAUAAUAUAGCUACACAAUCACAAGAAGGUUUACAAUGUUUAUUUCAAGAAGCUGUCUUUGGUUCAAAUUUUGCUCCAACAGUUAAAUAUUGGUUUUUUGGUACAAUGACAGGUUUAACAGGAAUUUUGAUUGUUGUUAUUAUGUGUAUUAUUUAUAUAUUUUCAAUACCAUCAUUUAUGCAUCAAAAUUAUAAUGCAUUUAUAUUUACACAUUGGUUAAAUAUAGGAUUUUAUGGUUUAACAUUAUUACAUGGUCUUCCUAAAUUAUUAGAUUCACCAAAAUUUUGGUAUCAAAUGUUAGGACCACUUAUUUUAUUUAUAAUUGAUAAAAUAAUUGGAAUGAGACAACAAUAUAAACAAUUAAGAAUUAUUGAAGCAGCAAUUUUACCAUCAGACAUAAUAUAUAUACAAUUUAAAAGACCACAUUCAUUUAAUUUUUAUUCUGGUCAAUGGGUAAGAAUAAGUUGUCCAGAUAUAUCAUGUGCAUUUAAUGAAGAUCAUGCAUUUUCUAUGGCAGCAGCACCACAAUCACCAUCUCUAGAAUUAUAUAUUAAAGCAGUUGGUCCAUGGACUAGACAACUUCGAUCAAUAUUACAAGAUUGUCAAGCUAAUGGUUUACCUUAUCCUACAAUAAAUUUAUCUGGACCAUUUGGAGAUGGUAAUCAGGAAUGGACAGGUUAUGAUAUAGCUGUAAUGGUUGGUGGUGGUAUUGGUAUAACACCAUAUGCAUCAAUUCUUAUGGAUCUUGUUCUUAAUAAACCAUCUGGUAGACAUACAAAUAUUAAAUGUAAAAAAGUUUAUUUCUUAUGGAUAUGCCCAACUCAUAAAAAUUAUGAGUGGUUUGUUGAUGUACUUAAAGAUGUUGAGAAAUUAGAUACAAAUGGUAUAUUAGAAAAUCAUAUAUUUAUUACACAAUUUUUUCAUAAAUUUGAUUUAAGAACUACUAUGUUGUAUAUUUGUGAAAAACAUUUUCGAACUGAUAAUAAUGGUCGAUCAAUGUUUACCGGACUUCGAGCAGUCAAUCAUUUUGGUAGACCAGAUUUUGAUUCAUUUUUCAAAUUUCUUCAAAAUAAACAUAAUAAUGUUGAACAAAUUGGUGUGUUUAGUUGUGGACCAGCAACAGUAAACAAAAAAAUCCGACAAUCCUGUACUGAAGCUAAUCGUGUACGUAAUGCUCCCAGUUUUGUACAUCGAUUUGAAACUUUCUAG